GCCGCAUUUUAGCGCUCAUGAAUGUCUUAACCCCCACUUUUAGGCACAUCUUGCGUUGCUUGUAGUUACUUCUGCGCCCAUUUCCUCCCAAAGAUUCUUUGUAUUAUGCAGGAAAACACGAUCAAACGAGAUUGUCAUCAUAUUUCCAUAAGGCAAAACAACAAUGCUUAUCAAACACAUUGCAGACCCGGUCUCUGAAAGAACUGCGCCAUCACCAGUAAUCUCCAACACGACUAAUAUGGCAUCUAAUACUGGGUCACCGUCCACAACUCAAUAUACACCAUCAUCUACACCGUCAACUGUGCGUUACCGAGAUCCCGAUUACCCACUACCGUCCAUUGAAAGAGAUACAACUUCAACAUCAGCAUACAGUCAGAGCAAUACACCUCUAUUACCCUCCGUUUCUCCCCAUGCAGAAGCAUUACGCCAGGGGUCUGAGUACGGGAGCUUAGAUCAACGCUUGCAAAAUCUGGAACUGCACUCAGUACAUCCGCAACGGUCAAUCUCAAGCCCCGAGAAUACUGCCUCUCAAAGAGAACGGUCAAUUGCUUCGCCUACUCCAUCUAUCCAUGUUACUCCAACAGCAUCAGCUACGUAUUCUCAUCAUUCAACAGCCAACGCAGGGAUAGAAGGUCUAGCUCAUGGUGUUAGUGCGCUGCAAACGAGUCCUAGUCAUCGACGUGCCCAAUCUGCACAACCUAAUAACCAUCUGCGCCAUGACUCUGUGGAUGGCAGUCGAGCUAUACGCCACUCAACGGCCUCUCCAUCACGACGCCGUCGAUCCAGUUCUGGAAUCAAUCGAUCGACACAUAGAGUAGAAGACGAGGAGCCUCCGCAGGCACUAUUUCACGAGAGGCGAAUCCAGGAAGCCCUGACUAACGCGAGAAAUGUAACAGGAAGACUAGCCAGAGUUUUAUCAGAAGCAAAUUUACAUCAAGAACAAGGUUCAAGUAUUCAAAGCAUGUGCCAGCACGCAAUCAGAUUAAGUACAUUUGAACCACCUUCGCGCCGCAUAGUUGGCCUCGUUGGGGAUUCAGGUGUAGGAAAAAGUAGUCUAAUCAACUCAUUACUCGAUAAAGUCGAAUUUGCACGAGCCAGCAACAGCGGUGCUGCCUGCACUUGUGUGGUCACGGAGUAUCAUUUUCAUGAUAGGGAUGAUUACUCAAUUGACAUUGACUACUUCACUGUGCAAGAGCUCCGAACUCAAUUUGAACAGCUUCUCAGCGCGUAUCGAGAACACGAGUCGACAACGGAGGAUGACGUUCGGCAGGCCAUGAGACAAAAAGCGGAUCUCGCAAAAAGCACUUUCCAAGCAAGCUUCAGAUACAAGUUGGAUGAUGAUCCCGAACUGCUUGGUACUCUUCCUUUUGACCAAGCCAUUAACAAGAUGAUGGUCUGGGUUUUGGAAGUAGUUCCAGGACUCGACACGCGAGAUCGUGACACGCGAGAGUCAUUCGAAGACAUCAAUCAAUGUUCUAAUCGAUUGAGAAUAUUGACUUCUGACACGGAGGAAAGAGACCAGGCAUGUCUCUGGCCUUUCAUUCGUAAAUUGAAGGUGCACAUGAAGGCCUAUAUACUAAGCAAGGGACUUAUACUAGCGGACCUUCCAGGGCUUCGCGAUCUCAACUAUGCACGGCAGAAUGUCACCGAACGAUAUAUCAGACAAUGCGACCAGUUAUUCGCAAUUACCAGAAUCGGUAGAGCGACAACGGAUGCAGGAGUGCAAGAAGUAUUUGAACUAGCACGCCGGGCUUCAUUAUCCAACGUCGGUGUCGUUUGUACACAGUCGGACGACAUUAGGCUGAGUGAGGCAAAUAAUGACUGGCCCGAUGAAAGAGUCACGAUUAGUGGAAUGGAGGAAGAUAUCGCCCGCAAACAACGAGAGCUCGCGUCUCUCAAUGAGGAUAUCGAUGAGCUUAACGACCUCCUUCUUCGCUCGACUGACGAUGCGCAAGAGUUGCUUGAACUUCUCCGGGAGCGUGACAGAGUUAUGAAGUCGCUAGACGGUUCGGAAUUUGAAUUGAGACGUCAUAUUAUCACUGUGCGAAACCGGAGGGUUUGUAGCGACUUGCAAAGGCGAUACAGCACGCAUCCAGACCUACAAAUAUUCUGCGUCAGCAAUACUAUUUAUUCACAAGAGCGUAAUAAGCCGGUCCAAGAAUCUCUCCCCUUUCUCAACCUUAGUGGAAUUCUUGGACUGCGUCGUUAUUGCAUCGGUAUCGUCGCCGAAAGCCACCUGCGAGCGUCAACUGAGUACAUUAAAAAUGAAAUCCCAGCACUAUUGGGUUCCGUUGAACUCUGGAUUCAGGCGGCUUCCGUGAAUACGAAUGCAGAAAGAAAACAACAGAUUACAGAUGCUGUUUCUGUGAUUCAGAGUGAAUUAGAUGGAUUAACUUCUCCAGUGUCUCGAAUCAGUGAUAUUACAGACCAAAUAACCUCCAGCUUUGAUGACCAGUUACAACAGUACAUGAGUGCGUUCUGAUGAACACCGGUAUAUCUUUUUGUUUCUGAUCUUCCUUAGGGCAACGAAAGCAGCAGUGGAGU